UCGGAACCGAGACAUACCCAGACCAAAACUUUUACAUUGAGCCAGAUAAUGUUAAAAAACUUGCUAAUACUCUCUUAAGUGGUGACUUCUGUUUACUUUAUGGACAUAGACAGAGUGGUAAAUCAACAACCGCUCACACGACAUAUCAUUACCUUCGGAAUAAAUAUAAUGUUGAUAUCAAAGGAUAUGGUUGCGUCCACCCUGAAGUCUAUUUGAUCUCCUUAAACUCUGCUGUCGAAUUCAACAGUGGUAUUAAUUCAUUUUGGUUAUCCAUUUGUUCAAAAUUGCGAUUCAAGAAUCCUGCUAGGUUCGCCUUUGACAAUAAUAAAGCACGGGCUACCACAUUUGAGAGUUUUUUCCAGAGAAAUCAAUCAUCGUCACUGGUUAUUCUUUUGAUUGAUGAAGCAUCCAUUCUCGUAAAUCAGGACCAAGCUAUCAUCGAUAGUUUUAUUGGAAUGCUGCGACUUCUCAAAGGAAAUAAAACAUGCUGCUUACACGGACUCGUGCUCAUUGGGUCGAAAGCAUUAAACAACUUCUUAAACCUCGUGAAGGCCACUCCGAAAUAUCAUCAUAUAUACAAAAGGGAGUCAGGCAUUAAUUUGAAUACUGAAUCUUUUGCCACAGAUAUAUACAAGAGAACUAUUGGUCACAAAGGACUAGUGGGUGUUUGUUGCUGUGCAGUUGAAGAAAUAGUUGGACCUAGCUCAAUUGUGCACGCACUUCUAUACCUUUCAGAGACACAAAUGAAUAUGCUUGUUCAAGUCUUACAUUUUGGUUCAGCCAUUGUGUCAUGUAGUGAUGCCUUGAAUAAGCUUCUCUUGGAA